AUGUUGGAGAGAUUGUUUGGGUGGAGCAAAGCCUCCAAGUGCAAGUUUCUCCUAGAAAUACUUAUAAAACGCCUGCAAGUAUUACAAAACAAAAGGAAAAUACAGAUUAAACAGCUUAGAAAUGAUAUCGUCGAGCUUCUCAAGAAUGGAAGGCACAAAAGUUGCUUGAAACGUGCUAAACUCCUAUACAAGGAACAAAAUCUCUUGGAUGGAUAUAAUCUGAUUGUAAACUUUUGUGUAUGCAUUAUGGAACAUAUUUCUUACGUGCGAAGAAACAACGAUCUUCCUCCCGUUUUGAAUGAAGCAGUAUCAAGCUUAAUAUUUGCUUCUGCCAGGUGUGCUGAUUUGCCUGAGUUGCAGGGCUUGCGAGAUCUUUUUGCGCAGAGAUAUGGAGUUGAAUUUGUCUCUGCUGCACUGGAUGGGAAUUCUGAUUCUUCUGUAGGCCAGCAAAUUAUUGGUAAAUUGUCUAAUAAAUUGGCAACGCUUGAUUUGAAGUUGAAAUUGAUGGAGGAAAUAGCAGUCGAAUUUAGCCUGCCAUGGGAUUCCUCAGUUACAUGUGCAGACUUGGGAAGCUGA